CCCGAUCAUCACCGUCCAUCGUCCCCCCUCCACUUGACAGUGAUCACACUGUUUUUUUCCACCUUCAGGUCGUGAUAGAACACAAGUGCUUGUCAACAAUGCUCACAGCGACUCGUGCCCUUCGGCUAGCGGCGUCCUCGACGCGGGUGGGCAGUGUGUCCCAAGUGAUCGGAGCCCGCUUCGGCUCUGUGUGGGCUCAUGUUCAACAAGGUCCUCCUGACCCAAUUUUGGGUGUCACUGAAGCCUUUAAGGCGGACAAGAACCCUCAGAAAAUGAACCUUGGCGUUGGAGCGUACCGUGACGAUGCGGGUCUUCCGUACGUUUUGAACUCUGUCCGAAAGGCAGAGCGAAGCAUCCACGACUUGUCGCUUGACAAGGAGUACAUUCCCAUCACUGGCGUGCCCGAAUUCAACAAAUUGGCUGCGGAGCUGGCAUAUGGAGCGGAAUCUGCACCUUUGAAGGCUGGAGCGGUUGCUACCGCCCAAUCACUCUCUGGAACUGGUGCUCUGCGUAUUGGUGGAGCAUUCUUGAGUAGGUGGUAUAAGGGUGCUGGUGGCAAGAAGAUCUACUUGCCUACUCCCAGUUGGGGAAACCACACACCCAUCUUCAAGGACUCUGGUUUGGAGGUUGCACAAUACCGGUACUUUGACAAAAAGACCAACGGGCUGGACUUUCAGGGUAUGGUUCAGGAUUUGAAGAGCAUUCCUAGCGGAUCUGCCGUCCUUCUUCACGCCUGUGCCCACAACCCUACUGGAGUCGACCCGACACCUGAGCAAUGGAAGGAGCUUUCCGACGUUAUCAAGCAAAAGGAACACUUUCCCUUCUUUGACAUGGCCUACCAAGGCUUUGCCUCUGGUGACACCACCCGUGACGCCUUUGCCAUCCGGUACUUUGUCGAACAAGGUCACCAGAUGAUGCUUGCCCAGAGUUUUGCCAAGAAUAUGGGCAUGUAUGGCGAACGUGUUGGCAUGUUCUCCAUGGUUACCUCUUCCGCAGAGGAAGCCAAACGCGUGGACAGCCAGGUCAAAAUCCUGAUUCGCCCAAUGUACUCUAGCCCCCCACUCAGCGGCCCCCGUAUCGUAAAGGAGGUCCUCAAAAACCCUGCCCUCAAAUCCGAGUGGCUAGACGAGGUCAAAUUCAUGGCCAACAGAAUCAUUUCCAUGCGUGAAGGUUUGAGAGGACACUUGGAGAACACGUACGGGUCCAGCAGGCCGUGGGAUCACAUUACAAGCCAAAUCGGUAUGUUCUGCUACUCGGGAUUGACACCGGAGCAAGUGGAUCGGUUGCGGAGUGAGUUUUCAGUGUAUUUGACCAAGGAUGGACGGAUUUCUAUUGCUGGGAUUACAAGCAAGAAUGUAGAGUACCUCGCAAAGGCUAUUCACGAGGUGACGAAAUAGAUGUUUGAGACUGGGGAGGGGGGGAAAUGGACCAUUUUUAAAGAGACUUUUAUUCAUAAUGGACCUUGUGUCUUUUUUUUUUGGUUUGUCUGCAUGUAAUACAUGAGAUACACCAUGUGCAGCGAGUGUGACAUCUGUUUAAAA